GUGUGAGUAUCAGUGUGAACCUUCAUGAAAAACACUCACAUACAUUCAUUAGUUAGUUCAAUGUAAACAUUAAAUUGAAAAUGUAUACAUAAAGUUUGUCAUCUAUUCGAUGCAAGCUUCUGAAGAUUGUCACUCGCAUAUUCAGUUUUACAAAUGAGAUUGCGCUAUACAUUUGAUUGUGUUAAACUCUAAAAAAUGAACAAAACUUAUAUUACUUCAAUGGUUCUGAUUAUUAUAUUAAUAAGAGUCGUAUUUUCGCAAGAACUAUAUGGGGCUAACGUCCACUGGAGACCGACAAGUAACACCUCAAUGGUAUUGUCAUACCGUUUGAUUUGGAAAGGAAGAGAUACCAUUGCUACAUUAAAAGAACGGAUGUGUAAAAUUUUUUCUAGACCAACGUGUGAAGAUAGCGUAAAUGAGAAAUUCCAAAAAGGCGUCCUUUCUGUCCAGGACAAUCGAAUCAGACCACCUAUUUUUUCAGGAUACAGCUGGUUGUGUAUUAUGGGUUGUCGUAUAGCCAAUCAAAUAGUGGCCAACUUGUCACAGUUAUAUUUCACUGAUGCGUCCAGUUUCCUGGAAACCGAAUGGGAGUCUGGCGUUGGUACUGCUGAACUGACGUUCGAUGGACACAACAAAGAUAACAUUAUUUUAGGAUUUGCUGACCAGAGUGGCUCUUUGGUGGAUGGUCUAGGAGAAACUCAUUUGAGCAUGGCAGUGAGGAAUGACACAAAGAGAGCAAAUAUCAGCCCUCUCGUGAACGUCUUACCCGUAUACAGAGUGCCACUCGGUUGCAAUAUUACAAUUCGACUGUUCCCGUUUGACGGAGAUGGGGACAGAGUCACUUGCCAUUGGCAGAAAUACCCAGAAGAAAACAGUACUACUUCCAGCGCAUUUCUUAAUUCCCAUACAUGCGAUCUUAUUUUUUCGGCAAAGCGGAGUCAUUUCAAAGAAGGAGAUGCGAUUAAUGUGUCCCUUUACGCCGAGGACUAUUCAAGUUUGUUGGUUGAAUUUACAGGGGCCUCAAGAUACAUCACUUCUGGGCCUUUUUGUAGAACGCCCAUCAAGCUUCGCGUGUUCGUUGGAAAUAGUACUGCUUCAUGUCAGUCUGAUGGUCCGCAAUUUCAUCCAGAAGGAACAAUGAAACCGAACUUUAAGCAAUCGUAUGAAAUGGAUUUCUUUGAAAAAGGAUACUUUGUUCAGUUGCCGUUCAUGACCAACAACCAAAACGACACCAUUUUAACAUCUGGUCCAAGGUAUAUGAUAUAUUCAACCGAAAGAAACAUAACGCUUGUGAACAUCGGGGAAUGGGACCAUAUCAAUGACACAACUAUGAAGGGGAUACACCAAGCGUGCGUAAUGGCGUACUCAGAUGACGGAACCCCCGGUGAAAGUCGAUGCGGUGUGCUGAUGUUAUUUGAACCAGAUGAAUGCAAAGCAUCGGUCAAUCCUUGUGGAAAAGGUGGCAUUUGUGACAACUUCUUUGAGCAUUUUGCAUGUUCUUACCCUGCCAUCAACGUUACCGAAAAUAUGUCGCAAAGUGGCACAUGUAACACAGGCGUAACAACAGAGAAAGGGAAUGACGGUCUGAAGAUUGGCCUCUCCGUAGGUCUAUUUCUGCUCCUGCUGCCCCUUCUCAUCGCAGUGACGCUGUACCUGAAGAACAAAUGGUCGGAGAAGAUGCGGACAAACCAUGUUGGAGAUGAAACGCGGAUAUCGGCUGUAGCAAAGACGGCUUUUUAAUAACUUAUCAACAGACGAUACAUGUUUGUUGUGAAUUGAUAUCAACCGAAUUGUUCAAUAUUUAUUUUGUGUCAGAUGAGUAGUUGGUUAAAAGACCCCUACCGGUGUAACCUAAUUAGACUGUAAGUCCCUAUUUCCUUUUGUCUGUGUGUCGGUCCCAAUCUGGUUUCUUUGAUAAGUCAAACAAUUUUCAAUAUGGGUUGUGGAAACUUGGUAUGUUGAGAGAGACAAUGUGGAAAUAUGCGCGUUAUUUCAUAUUUGUUGUUAUAGAAAAAUUGUAAUGCCUGUGGUUACGGGAAAAAAUAAAACCUACAAUCUUUACCUCGCGAUAAGACAACCAAAUACUAAAGGUUAAGUGGGUACUGAAACAUCUUAUAUUGAUAGAGGGCUUUAUGGGAAAUAAUCACGAUGUAUCCGUUAUUUCGUCAAAUAAAUUAGCUGUUUCUACAGUUACAUGGGCAAUGGUUGCAGAAAUAAUUAAAAGCAAAUGUUAAGAUCUUUUUUAAAAAGUGGUUGCACAGAAGGCUGUAAGAGGAAUGUGCCACUUAGUUUAGUUUCCUCGUCGAAGAACGAAUUGUAGUUAAUAAUGGCAAAUCUUUUAUGAGCAGGGAAAUCAUUAACAACUUAAAUCUGGAUCGUGUGAUUACUGAAACAGUGCCUGAGAGAGGUUUAAGAAACUUUGUAUGUGUGUAAGGGUAAAUGAUUACCUCGCAAGUUAUUUGAGGUUAGUCAAGCCGUCCGUCUGUUCGUCCGUAAAAAAUCAGGAUUCAAAUAAAUGUAGACAGUACCUAAAGCUGGGUUAAUUAACUUAAUAUACUGAUAUUUGAGCAUAUAGGAAUCUCAGACAAAUCUUUCUUCCUAUGGUCAUAGAAAUAAGUGUUAACUAAAAUGUGCACAUGUGAAGACUCAAAAAAAACCUAACCAAGUUUUUAAAAACUCUGUAUGAGUAGAUAGGGUCAUUAUCCGAAUAUUCAGUUAUUGCAGUCCGUUUUUUCAGAUAAAGCUGUUUUCUAUGGUUACAGAUAUGAGCAAAAUCUAAAAUCGACAUUUUGCUAUAACUAAAAAAUUCUCUAGCUGGGUAAAUAAAACUUAUGAAGUUCCUUUUUUUACUCCAACAGCAUAAACCCGGUAGUGGUCUGAUUUCGGCCUGAUACUAAGCCCUUUUUUGUAUUCAGUUUUUUUUUGCAUUGUUAUUUGCGUGUGUUAUUGCGGAUAUUAUGUUCAUUUUCUGCCCUGUCUGAGGAGGAUUGUAUGUGCCUUAGCAACCAUUUCUUUACAAACUUAAUAAUAAUGGUUAACAGUUGAAUUCAAACAAAUCAUAUCUAUAUACCAUAUGUAAUAAACAUUUUUAGAAUAAACAUAGCAUAUACCAUCUA